AUGAUGGAUAUCAUUGGAUCCGACAAUGUUGACGAUACUAGUGGACCUGAAACGGCCGAUACCGUUGCAGAAGAAGAACAUUCUUUGAGUUCUAAAAUGUCAAAAACAAAAAGAGAUCCCAUAGUAAUGGAGAAAAAUGAGUCGAACAAUAACAACAGGUAUACCAAAAAAAGUGACCAAUUGCUGUCUGAAUAUACAAGCAGCUGUAGCGAUUCUGACCCUGGAACUGGGGAUGAGGAAGUUGAGGGUGGUCAGGACAGCAAUAGUAGCGGGUAUGAGGAAGAAGAAUUUUUGCAACAGAAUCCUAAUGUAUCUGCUCAUCACUCCGGGACUGGUUUAGCAGAGCAAAUACAUAAGUCUGUCCCACCAAAAAUGGUAAAACCAAAGAGUAUGCCACAGCAUAAUUCAUUCAAAAAACCGUUCAGACCUUUGGAGAGGGUGCGGGAUAAUAACCCGCCACGGUAUAGUUCACCAUAUUCACGCCCGCCCAACGUAUACAACAAAAUGUAUAGAACACACCAUGACAAUCACCAAUACCGUCGCCGCCAAAAUAAUGCAGGGUCGAGUUAUAUCAGCUCAUUGUCUUCAAGAAUUAUGGGAGGUCGGUGA